GGCUUUUAUCCAUCUGCCUCAGUUCGUCGAUAAAAAUGAGACUUGGUGACUCAAAGCCACUGUGCUGACUUUAAGGGUUGAAAGUGGUUGACGCCUUGCCGUGACAGUUCCAGGAUCGUUUGUUGUUAGGAGGUCCUAGUGCUUCCAGGUUUGGAAGCCGUUGCGAUGGGUGCGACUAUGCUGUAUGUCGCAUUUUCUGUGUUCACGUUAUGCUGUAUUAAUUCAGGGUUGGCACAACGAACCCCCACUAUAUCAUACAUUUCUCAAGAACAAAUUAGGGACAUUGGAGGUACUGUGGAGCUUAUUUGCUCUGUUCAGUAUGCCCCAGAAUACCCCGUCUUGUGGAUGAAAGUCGAUCGCAACAGACAAUCUGACCCAUUACCAAUCUCAACUGGAAGCUCUCUCAUCAUUCGUGAUUCACGAUUCACCAUGCGUCAUGACACUGCCAGUUCGACAUAUGUUCUGCUGAUCAAAGAUAUUCAAGAAACUGAUGCAGGGUACUAUCAAUGUCAAGUCAUCAUUUCUGUAAUCAACAAAAUAUCAGCUGAGGUAGAGCUUCAAGUACGGCGUCCCCCUGUUAUUUCUGAUAACUCUACCCGUUCAGUUGUUGUGAGUGAGGGUCAACCUGUACGCCUGGAGUGCUACUCGAAUGGCUGGCCCAUUCCUCGCAUUUCAUGGCGCAGAGAAAACAAUGCCAUUCUGCCAACCGGAGGAUCUAUUUACAAGGGUAAUGUGAUGAGAAUUGCUCAGAUCCGCAAGGAAGACCGAGGUACCUACUAUUGUGUUGCUGAAAACGGAGUUGGGAAAGGUGUUCGGCGUAACAUUGCUGUGGAGGUUGAGUUUGCGCCUGUGAUCACUGUUCCUCGGCCUCGACUGGGUCAGGCUUUACAGUAUGACAUGGAUCUUGAGUGUCACAUUGAAGCAUACCCACCCCCUGCCAUUGUCUGGGUCAAAGAUGAUAUUCAGCUCUCCAAUAACCAACAUUACCUAAUUUCCCACUUUGCUACAGCCGAUGAGUUUACUGACACCACUAUUCGUAUCAUUACUGUUGAGAAGAGACAGUAUGGUCAGUAUGUGUGCAAAGCUGCCAACAAACUUGGAACUGCCGAGAAGCAAGUGGAGCUGUUCGAAACUAUCAUUCCCAUUUGCCCCCCUGCUUGUGGAACAAAAAGCUAUGCAGGUGCUGCUGCAAUCACUACAAGUGUGGCGCUUGUCGUCAUCGCUGCUACUCUUGCCUUUUACCAUCGAAACUUCAACACCAGAUAUUAGGUACAGGUUAUUUAUUACCUGGAAUCGAAGCCAGCAAACCUCUUCCUUCUCCUGCUACAAAGUAGGGACAUUCAUCAUCAUGUCAAAUUUAAUAUUCAGACAAUUCAUCCAACCAGGCUAAGGCUGUUAACAAAGAAAUGAUAUAGUGCAGUCUUAUCUAAUUCAAGAAAUGGUUGUGAUGUGCAUUGUAAUGUGAUGUGUUCUGUUUUUUAGUCAACUAAUUUUUGUUUGUUUGUCUUGUUUUGUUUAAAUUUGAGAGGUGUACCCAUUUUGAUCAACUUUUUAAGCUUAAGUUAAUUGAAUCUGUAACUUGUAUCAUAUUUGUGAAUAUCCCCCUCCUCUUUUUUUAGUGUAAAAAGUACCCAUUUAUUUUCUGGGUAGUAUCUAAUCAAUGGAAAUCAUGUUCUUGCUUCUGUACUAAUGUCAUUUUUGUUUGUUUGAAUGUUUAAAUUUUUGACAUGUUCUGAACAGUUAAAAUCCAGCAACAGUAUUUUGCUGUUAUGAAGACUGAAUGAUAUUUUUAAUCUUGCAAAUUUUUCAUAACUGAGAUUUGGACCAAGUUUUAACUUUUUUAUGACAAAGGCAGUCUGCAGUAUGCUGUGUAGCUCUAGUGUUUUCAUUCCAUUUCAAUACUGCUUAAGUAUCUAGCACUAUUUACAGGGCCUUAUUCCAUAUGGUUGUGAUAGAACCGUCCUGCAAACAGCAUUUUUUGCUUAAGCAUUCCAGUUAUUUCUUUUGAUAAUAGUGUGUUGUAUAUUGUUUUUAUUUAACCUGACAAACUCUCAAUUUCAAACAAGAUACUCUUUCAGUUGUCCAGUAGAUGGAGUCUAUGGCAACUACGAUAUUUCUCCUAGGUUAAUUUUAGUUAAGAUGCGUAUUUCUUUAGCUAUUGGUUCUUGUGUAGCUUUAUUUCAGGUAGGAGCACAGCCCUUGGCACCUAUCAACACCUUAUUUGUCUUAGCUUCUGUAUUAUUGGAUGUAGAAGCUUGAUUCUAGGUGUGCCAUUUUCUUCAUUGCCAGAUUUAAGUUAAAUGAGUGACAGAGGACCUCAUGCCCUGUUGGGCAUAAUGGGAUUGGACCCUGGAACUUUCAGUAGAAUCUUGAUUUUGAUGUGACUGAUUUUCAAGCUUAAGAGAUUAUUUGGCACAUGAAAGAGUGAUACUUAAAUGUUGCUAUAGCAAUAGUACUUAAUCUCAAAUGCACUUUUCAAUACCAAGUACUUUUUAAAUUCAAUAUAGCAGUAUUAUUUUCAACCAUGGCAUUGGAACUAAUUUUUAAUGUGUUGCCUAAGAGUAAUUUUAUACUACUUAUGUUCAGAAUCCACUCCUUUCAGACAUAUCAUUUGGGAUGUCGCACAAUUUCUAUUGUGAACCAUUGUUUAAUUACAAUUAUGUUGAUCGGAUGAAAAAUCAAUUGAUUGGAAUAAAUGAAUCUCAACCUA